AAUCGGGAAAUUGGAGCAGUCCGCAGUAUUUCGUCUUCGAACUUGCACGCUUUCUCGCUUUUCCUGAUCGCUCCUGAGAAGUAUCGCCGAGUAGUAUCUGAGUGUAUCGGCCGGGCAUUAUCAGUCUCUUCGAUAGUCGUUAAUCGCUCGCGGUUUGUCUAUUGCCGCGUUGGUUCUCCGUGAGAAGAAGUCGAUUCCGAGUGCUCGCUUGUCGUCGCUAUCGCCGCGACCGCCGUCGGCUCGUGAACAACGCUUGUCCAAGCUCGUGAACAACGCUUGGAGCCCUCCACCACAGGUGGUUACUUCUUUUUGCGAUAUCUCACGCACUGUCACAUAUCGUAUAUCGUUCGACAGAACUCGUUACUGUCGCUUUUGCGACUCCGCACGCGAGUCACAUCUACUUCUAAGUUCCCACCGAGGACUAGACUCUGCCGCGCUUCCGGCAUUAUUCAUGCAACUAAUAAGCAUCUGUUUGAAAAGAUAUACAAGAUGAAGAAAAUGAAUAUGCAUCUGAAUAUGAUUGAAAAAUUGCAGCAUAUAGAAAAUUUAUACAAAGAAAAGGAAAAAAUAAAAAAUGAAAAUAUAAAAAAUUUGAAAGAGGAAAACGAAAAGCUGGUCAAAGAGAGGAAGGAACAGGAUCUUAAAUUUAAGAUUAUAUACGUCGGACAAAGGGCCCAAGAGAUCAAGUCAUUAAUUCGAACAAAGAUCUUAGAUAAUACUAAGGAUAAUACAAAAAUUAAUUCGCUGGUUAAAUUAGAUAAAAUGGUUGAAGAAGGAAGUCAAUUAUUGACAAAGAAUGAAGUUGAAAAUUGGAGACUAUUUCAGAAGAAACUUGAACACGAAAAUAUCCAAGUAGACCAGUUACACGAUAAUUUAAGAAAAAUAUCGUCAUGGCGAAAUCCAUUGGCACAUCCUACAGAUUUGCAAAUGUCAUUGUCGACUUUGAAUGAAUCAAAGGAUGAAAUCGAAUGGGAUAGAAGUUUGAGUGAAAUGGAUGAGAUGUUUACCUGCGUUUUGAAUAUUUUGGAUGACUUUGGAGAUAUUCUAUUGGGAGUGUUGUGACGUAACGAUUUUUGUUAUCGUCCGUCAUUCGGAAAGUCGUGGGGUAGCCGAAAGCGGGCUUCCCGGCUGCAGGUGGAUGUCGCGUUCUAACGGUAAGGCGAAUAGGACGCGAGCCUGCGUGGCCCGAAUAUUUUGUGUAUAGGAUAAGAGUGCGGGUGUCGAGAGGUCGGGUCAGGAGGAAGAGGACUUCAGGGAGGAUUCGCUGCCGCCGAGGGAGAAAGAAGUCAGGCUCAGGAGCAUCGGACGGACCAAAAAUUUCAGGUGAAUCGCUUUCUUAUUAUUGUAUUAGUAAGUAAGGACCGACAGGUGAAUCCAUUCUAAGGAGGCCUGUUUUAGCCGAAUACCCCUGCUAACGAGGAGAACGGGGAGAGAGAGAGAGCUGUCGAGGUGGAUCAGUCCUGAGCUGCCGCAAGGGAGCCGCUGGGAUGGAGUCGACAGACACCGCGGACGAGUGGAGGACAGCUGCUACCAGGACGAGUUCGACAAGCACAUCCUCCGUGACCCGGAGCGUCCUCCAAGCCAGGCGAAGACGCCGCGAGGCUCGAGGACUGAAGAAACAACGGCUGCCGAUACGACGAAGCUCCAAGGUCGGAGAGGCCGACCGGCCAGAAAGAUCUAGCUGGUAAACAACAGCUAACGCAAAACAACGGCCGAAUAACGGGGGAUUCAAUCCGGCAAAUCGGCCAAUCAACGGCCGAUAGCUGUCGGAGCUAGCAAUUCAAACCUGGGAUAAAACGAGGUCCCAACGAUCGCUCGAGAGCUUUUUCCUGUGAGCCGUGCCUAGCGAGUGUGAGGGACGUGCCAUCCAUAGAGCCGACGACUAAGGACGACCUGACCUCCGCAUCUGUAAGGCCGCUACCGCACGCGCGGAACUAUUGUGUGAACCCAGAGGGGACCGCCGCUGCUCGUUGCCGACUGCCCCGCUCCACCGUUUGGUGAGUCCGUUCCAAGGAGAAGACACUACAGAUUUUUAGUGAUUCGUGUCGCGGAGCGGUGCGGCGUCGGGGAACUGGGGCUCGGCCGUCCACCCUGGGCGAGGGCCAGGGUUCGCGUUCCUCUCGCGAAAGGAGGAGCUCCGCGCAUCGUGUAAAACCCGACCGGCGAGCUGUCGAUUAUC